GAGCCAGAAAGACUAAAUAUGAAGAUAAGGCUGUCUUUGGCAGCGGUAGCCCUCCUGGCUGUACUAGUAACCUGGGUCGAUGCUCAAGAAGUUCAACCCCCCUCAGACUUGAAAUUUAAAAUUCUCAAUGAGAACACGGUACAAAUGUCAUGGAAGGCACCAUUGUCAAGGAUACAGGGCUUCAGAAUACAAGUGGUCUCUGACACAGAUGAACCGACUAAAGAGCUAACACUCCCUGCUUCCAGUACACAGACUUCUAUAACAGACCUGAGUACCGAUCUAAAAUAUGUUGUCACCAUUACUUCCUAUCUUGGAGCAGUGGAAAGUUUGCCCAUCUCUGGCGAGAUUACAAUCCAGGCAAGCAGUGGUAGUGGACCUUCUAGAAAACCACAGACGGCACAUUCAGUUAAGUGCACUGCGGGUGCCAUCGCAGACCUGGUCUUCCUGGUGGAUGGCUCCUGGAGCGUAGGCAGGGAGAAUUUCAAAUACAUCCGCAGCUUCAUCGCGGCGAUGGCGGCUGCCUUCGACAUCGGAGAGGACAAGACCAGAGUGGGCGUGGUGCAGUACAGCACAGACACCAGAACGGAGUUCAACCUCAACCAGCACCUCAAACGAGGCGAGCUCCUCCGAGCCAUUAACAACUUGCCUUAUAAAGGUGGAAACACCAUGACAGGCGAUGCCAUGGAUUUUCUAUUAAAAAACGCAUUUACUGAGGCUGCUGGAGCCAGGCAGGGGUUUCCCAAAGUGGCCAUGAUUAUCACGGAUGGAAAAUCUCAGGACCCCGUGGAAGACUAUGCCAAAAAACUCAGGAACAGUGGGGUUGAGAUUUUUGUCUUGGGGAUCAAAGGAGCAGAUGAGGAUGAACUGAAACAAAUGGCCUCCUCUCCUCAUAGCAAACAUGUCUAUAACGUCCCAAACUUUGACUUGAUCAAAGAAGUGCAGCGUGCUCUCAUCAGCCAUGUCUGCAGUGGUGUUGAUGACCAGAUGCACACCCUGGAGAGUGGGGAAGAAUUGGUGGAACCGGCCUCAAACCUGCACGUCACAGAGAUAGCCUCUAAGUCCAUGAGAGUGAUGUGGGAUGCCUCCUUGGGGGAUGUCACAGGUUACAAAGUCCAGAUGGUCCCGAUGUUAGCGGGCAGCAAGCGACAGGAGCUGUAUGUAGGACCCAGUCAGACCUCUGUGACUGUGAGGGACCUGUCCCCGGAAACGGAGUAUGAGAUCAGCCUAUUCGCCCUGAACGGUCUGAUGCCCAGCGAACCCAUCAUGGCUAUGGAGAAGACCCAGCCAAUGAAGGUCUCUGUAGAAUGCUCACUCGGUGUGGAUGUACAAGCAGAUGUUGUUCUCCUGGUUGAUGGCUCGUACAGCAUAGGAUUGGCCAAUUUCGCCAAAGUGAGAGCCUUCCUAGAAGUUCUGGUGAAAACCUUCGACAUCGGACGAGACAAGGUCCAGAUCAGUCUGGUUCAGUACAGUAGAGACCCACAUACCGAGUUUGCCCUGAACACGCACAAUGACCUCGACGCUGUGGUCAAGGCGGUACGGACGUUCCCAUAUAGAGGAGGCUCCACAAACACGGGGCGGGCCAUGACCUAUGUUAGGGAGAAGAUAUUUGUCUCAGCCAGAGGGGCGCGAACCAACGUGCCACGCGUCACGAUCCUCAUCACGGACGGGAAGUCCUCAGAUGCCUUCAAGGAUCCGGCCACGAGACUGAGGAGUACCGAUGUGGAGAUCUUCGCUGUGGGUGUCAAGGAUGCCGUCCGCUCAGAAUUGGAGGCCAUUGCUAGCGAGCCGAAGGAAACCCAUGUCUACACUGUGGAGGACUUUGACGCGUUCCAGAGGAUAUCCAAGGAAUUGACGCAGUCCAUCUGUCUGAGAAUUGAGCAGGAACUUCUAAAUAUUAAGAAAAGGAGCUUAAUUGCACCAAGGUCGCUGACGUUCUCAGAGGUCACAUCCAGGAGUUUCCGGGCCAGCUGGCUCUCAAACAGCACGAACGUUCUGUCCUACUUGGUGCAGUUCAAAAAUGCAGAAGACCCAAAUGGAGACUAUGUGUCCAUUUCAGUGCCUGGGGACACUUUAACCACUGUCCUGCCCCACCUCACACCCCUCACCAGAUAUGAGGUGAAUGUCCUCGCUCACUAUCUAUUGGGAGAAAGCUAUCCUUUGACAGGAGAGGAGACCACAUUAGAGGAACAAGGGUCGGUGCGGGGCCUCAGGGUGUCGGAGGAGACGACAGACAGUUUCAGGGUGUCGUGGGAUGCGGCCCCAGGGGCGGUAGUGAGGUACCGCCUGUCCUACGUGCCGGUCAGCGGGGUUACGCCGAGACUGGAGACUACCACCUCUGGCCCCGAGACCAGCAUCGUGCUGCGAGAGUUGCAUCCCUCCACCAAAUACCGUGUGACUGUCUCCCCCGAGUAUCAGUCAGGCCUGGGAAGGGAGAGGCAAAUUGACGGCACCACUAAAGAAGUUCGCUCGCCUCCGACUAACCUGCUAGUCCGCGAUGAGACCAUGUCCAGCAUGCGGCUGACCUGGGAUCCGGUGCCAGGCAACGUGCUGCAGUACCGUGUGGCCUAUCAGCCUGUGGUGGGAGGAGAGAGGAAGGAGAUCUCUGUGAAGGGAAACACCCCGGCUGCACUGCUGAAGAACCUGCAACCCGCCACUGAGUACGACCUGUCCGUCACCGCCCGCUACUCCACCGGCCUCAGUGACCCGCUGAUUGGACGAGGGACCACUCUCGAGGCGUUGGGCUCCCCAAAAAACCUGGUCACGAAAAAUGUCACAGACACCAGCUUUGGGGUGUCCUGGACAGCCGCCCCUGGUAAUGUGCAGCGGUACCGGGUGAUGUGGAAGUCUCUGUUCACCGGAGAGGCCGGGGAGAAGGCCGUCCCAGGGCAUGUUACUGACACUGUUCUGAACAGGCUCACUCCAGAAACCCGCUACCAGGUGUCUGUGUACGCAGAGUACGGUCAUGGAGAAGGACAGCCGCUCGUCGGAGAAGAGACCACAGACGCUUCGGCGGGUGCCAAAACUUUGGCUGUGUCUGAGGAGACAGAGAGGAGCAUGAAGGUAACAUGGCAGCCAGUGCCAGGCAAAGUGGUGAGCUACCGGGUAACGUACCGACCCAAGAUGGGAGGGAAACAGCUGGCGGCCAAGGUGCCGGGAAACAUCACCUCCACGGUCCUGAAAAAGCUGCAGCCCUUGACCACUUAUGACAUCACGGUGCACCCGAUCUACAAGCGAGGAGAAGGAAAAGCAAGGCAAGGAGUAGGAAUGACACUUUCACCUUUCAAGGGUCCUAGGAACCUCCUGACGUCAGAGCCAACAAAGACCAGUUUUCGGGUUAGCUGGGACCCAGCCCCAGGGGAUGUGCGAGGGUACAAAGUGACGUUUCACCCCAGCGAGAACGAUGUAGACCUCGGCGAGCUGCUCGUUGGACCGUACGACAACACAGUGGUUCUGGAAGAGCUCAGAGCUGGCACAAAGUACUCUGUGAAUGUGUUUGGAAUGUUUGACGGAGGACACAGCAUGCCAUUGGCUGGAGAGGAGAAGACCACCCUCUCUGACGCACCUGAGCCCCCACCCAUCAAUCUACCAGAGAUCAAAUGUAAGACCAGUGCCAAAGCAGACAUUAUUCUGCUAGUGGAUGGCUCGUGGAGCAUCGGGCGUCUGAACUUCAAGACCAUCCGCGCGUUCAUUGGUCGCAUGGUGGGCGUCUUCAAUAUUGGCCCAAACAUGGUUCAGAUCGGCUUGGCUCAGUACAGCGGUGACCCCAAGACCGAGUGGCACCUGAAUGCUUACAAAACCCGUAAGGAAUUGUUGGAUGCUGUGGCCAACCUGCCAUAUAAAGGAGGCAACACAAUGACAGGCCUUGCUUUGAACUACAUCCUCCAGAACAACUUCAAACCCAAUGUGGGACUGCGACCUGACUCUAAAAAGAUUGGUGUGCUUAUCACUGAUGGCAAAUCUCAAGACGAAAUUAUCGCAAACUCUGAAAACCUGCGGAAGGAGGGAAUUGAGCUGUAUGCAGUCGGUGUCAAAAAUGCGGAUGAAAAUGAAUUGAGGUCCAUUGCCUCAGACCCUGAUGAUAUCCACAUGUACAAUGUGGAAGACUUUUCCUUCCUGCUGGACAUUGUGGACGGACUCACCGACAACCUGUGUAACAGUGUCAAAGGUUCAGGUGGCCCGGAGCCACCCACCAACUUGGAGACCUCUGAGGUGACCCACCGCUCCUUCCGCGCCACCUGGACUGCACCAGCAGGGUCCGUGGAGAAGUACCGGCUGGAGUACAUGAUUGCGGCCGGGGGGCCUACUCAUGAGAUGUCUGUCGAUGGAACAGUGACCACUGCGGUCCUCAAUAACCUGAAUCCUCUGACCGAGUACAUUGUCAAAGUUUUCGCUGUCUCCGGGGAUGUGAGCAGUGAGCCAUUGAAAGGCACAGAAACCACCCUGCCAGUCCCCAGUGCGAGGAACCUGAGGGCUUUUGAUGAAACCACCACCACCAUGAAGGUCAGAUGGGACGCUGCUGCAGGGGCCACCGGCUACCAGCUGCUUUACCGUGCAGUCAACGCCACUGUUCCCUCAGAGGAGAAGGAGGUGCGAGUCGGGGGAGGAGUGACCGACGUCCAGCUGGAACAUCUGUUCCCCAACACAUUGUACAGUCUCUCCCUCAUUGCCCUCCACGGAGAAGAGGCCAGCGACCCCCUGAGCCAGAACGCCCUGACCCGGCCCAUGCCACCUGCGGGCGAGCUGAGGAUUUCCGGUGUCACCCACAGCUUCAUGAAGCUCAACUGGGAUGCCGCCCCGGGCAAUGUGCGCAAGUACAUCAUCACAUAUAAACCAGAGGACGGAGACGCCAAAGAGGCUGAGGUAGAAGGUCACAUAACAACGUUGGAUCUUCCUGGCCUCAUCUCCCAAACUGAGUAUGACGUUGCUGUCACACCAUCGUACGAUGAGGGAGAAGGCAACCCAAUGCUUGGGCAAGCUGUCACGGAUGUUGUUCCUGCUCCGAAAAACCUUCAGUUUUCGGAGGUCACCCAGACCUCUUUCAGGGCUACCUGGGAACAUGGGGCACCUGAUGUUGCCCUCUACAAAGUUUCCUGGGUGAAAAAGGGAGAGCAAAACUGGGAAACUGCCAUUCUUAACAGUGAUGAGACCACCCUUGUUAUGGAAGAAUUGGAAAAUGAUACUCCAUAUGAUGUGACGGUCUCUGCCAUCUACCCAGAUGAAUCAGAAAGCGAGGACCUCAUGGGCACUGAGCGGACAUUGUCAAAGAGCAGUAAGCCUGUGAUCAUGGGGGCCCCAGGGAAAAUGCACGUGUACAACGCCACCACCACCUCCCUGUCGGUGAAGUGGGACCCCGCCCCGGGCCAGGUCAAGAACUACCAGAUCACCUACGUGCCAGUGGCUGGGGGAAAAAACAUGACCACCCAGGUCGGAGGGAAGAAGACCAACAUCCUUCUCCAGAAGCUUACUCCUGACACACAAUAUUCCAUUCAUGUGGGUGCAGUCUACGCUACCGGGGGCCCAUAUACCAUAUCUGGUGCAGGAAAGACAAAUCCUUUUGGUGGAGUGAAGAAUCUGCAAGUUACAGACCCAACCAUGACCUCUCUCAAUGUACGCUGGUCACCAGCUGAUGGGAACGUGCGACAGUACAAGGUCAUCUACGCCCCUGCGGCAGGGGGUGAUGAGACCAUGGAACAAGUGUCUGGAAGUGCAACCACUACUGUUCUGAGAAACCUUCAUCCAGACACAGUCUACACAGUGUCAGUGGUUCCUGUGUAUCCUGAAGGAGAUGGGCAACGUCAGUCAGAAAAUGGAAAGACAAGGUCUUUUAGUGGUGUGAAAGAUCUGCAGGUUACAAAUCCAACCAUGACCACUCUCAAUGUGCGCUGGUCACCAGCUGAUGGAAACGUACGACAGUACAAGGUCAUCUACGUCCCUACGGCAGGAGGCCAAGAGUCUGUGGAUGUAGUGCCUGAAAGUGCAACCACUACUGUUCUGAAAAACCUUGUUCCUGACACCAGCUACACAGUGUCUGUGCUUCCUGUGUAUCCUGAAGGAGAUGGGAAACGUGAAUCAGAAAAUGGAAAGACAAAGCCUUAUGGUGCAGUGAAAAAUCUGCAGGUUACUGACCCCACCAUGACCACUCUCAAUGUGCGCUGGUCCCCUGCUGAUGGGGACGUGCGGCAGUACAAGAUCACCUACAUUCCUGCGGCAGGGGGCGAAGAGUCCGUGGACCAUGUGACUGGAAGUACAACCAAUACUGUUCUGCAUAACCUUCAUGCAGACACAGUCUACACAGUCUCAGUGGUUCCUUUGUAUCCUGAAGGAGAUGGGAAAAGCCAGUCAGAAAACGGAAAGACAAAGCCUUAUGGGGGAGUGAAAGGUCUCCAGAUUACUGACCCCACCAUGACCACUCUGACUGUACGCUGGUCACCAGCUGAGGGCGAAGUGCGCCAGUACAAGCUCAUCUACGUCCCCGCUGCAGGGGGUGAUGAGAUUACGGAACAUGUGUCUGGAAGUGCAACCACUACUGUUUUGAAGAACCUUAAUCCAGACACAGUCUACACAGUUUCACUGGUUCCUGUGUAUCCUGAAGGAGAUGGGAAAAGCCAGUCAGACAAUGGAAAGACAAGGCCUUUGGCUGGAAUCCGGAACCUGCAGGUCACUGACCCCACGAUCAGUACGCUCAACGUGCGCUGGGAUGCCGCCCCAGGGAAUGUUCGCGAAUACAAGAUCGUCUACACUCCUGCUACUGGGGGCCCCGACAGCACGGAAAGAGUUUCUCCAAGUACAACCAACACUGUGCUGAGGAAUCUCCUGCCAGACACCCUCUACACUGUGUCGGUUUUGCCUGUGUACCCAGCAGGAGAUGGCAGACGCCAGGCUGAAAAGGGAAAGACAAAGCCUUUGGGCGGAGUACAGAACUUGAAGGUCACUGACCCAACCAUCAGCACGCUUAACGUGCGGUGGGAGCCGGCUGCCGGGAACGUUCGCGAGUACAAGAUCAUCUACGUUCCCGCCAGUGGCGGCGAUGAGCUCAUGGAUCAGGUUUCUGGAAGCACAACCAGCACCGUUCUGCAAAACCUCCGUCCAGACACAGUCUACACGGUGUCCGUGGUGCCUGUGUACUCUGCAGGAGACGGCCAAAUCCAAUCUGACAAUGGAAAAACUUCGCCCUUGGGGGGAGUCAAGAACUUGCAGGUGACGGACCCCACUAUCAGCACGCUCAACGUGCGCUGGGAGCCGGCUGCCGGAAACGUGCGGCAGUACAAGAUCAUCUACGUUCCUGCCACAGGGGGCACAGAGAGGACGGAUUACGUUUCUGGUGGGACAACGUACACGGUUCUGCGGAACCUUCAGGCGGACACAGUUUACGCAGUCACCGUUGUGCCUGUGUAUCCCGACAUGGAGGGAAAGCCACAGUCUGAAAAUGAAAAGACAAAGCCCUUGGGCGGAGUAAGAAAUUUGCAGGUCACCGACCCCACCAUCAGCACGCUGAACGUGCGCUGGGAGCCAGCUGAGGGGAACGUGCGCGAGUACAAAGUUCUCUAUGUUCCUGUCCCAGGGGAUGUUGAAGACACGCAAAUGGUCUCUGGAGGAGCCACCAGUACUGUCCUGCGCAACCUGCAGCCAGACACAGAAUAUCGGGUAUCGUUGGUGCCUGUGUACCUUGACGCAGAAGGCAAGAAGCAGUCUGAAAACGGAAAGACAAGGCCCUUGGGUGGCGUGAAGAACCUGCAGGUCACCGACCCCACCGUGAACUCUCUCAGGGUGCGCUGGGAACCCGCGGAAGGAGACGUGCGCCAGUAUAAUGUCUUCUACGUCCCUGCUGCAGGGGGCCAAGAGUCCAUGGAGCAAGUCUCCGGAGCGACGGUCAACACAAUCCUGAGGAAUCUUAAGCCAGAGACCUUGUACAAAGUCUCAGUCGUUCCAGUGUAUGCGGACGUGGAAGGGAAACGACAGUCUGAAAAUGGAAAGACAAAACCUUUGGGUGGGGUGAAAAGCCUGCUGGUAACAGACCCCACCACAAGCUCCCUCAAGGUGCGUUGGGAACCAGCGGAGGGCAACGUGAGGCAGUACAGGCUUUUCUACGUUCCCACUAAAGGCGGGGCUGAGGACAUGGAGCAGGUCUCUGGUGGCACUACCACCACUGUUCUCCGGAACCUUCUCUCGGACACACCCUACACCGUGACGGUGGCGCCUGUGUACCCAGAGGGAGAGGGGAAGCGCAUGUCCGAAAAGGGAAAGACACUGCCGCGCACCCCACCCAGAAACAUCAAGGUCUACAACCCCACCCCCAACAGCCUGAACGUGCGCUGGGAGCCUGCCACCGGGAAGGUGCAACAGUACCGUGUGGCCUACUCGGCCCUGACUGGAGUUCGGCCAGCCAGUUUUGUCCUGGUUCCUGGAAACACACACAACGCCUUCCUCGAUUCACUCAUUCCUGACACACCGUACUCAGUGGAUGUCGUGCCUCUGUACGCCGAUGGGGAGGGAACGGCUGUGAAAGGAAACGGCAAAACCCUACCUCGCGGUGGGCCCAGGAACCUUCGAGUCUUUGGGGCCACCACCAACACUCUGAGCAUUGCCUGGGACCACGCUGAGGGGCCCGUCCAGCAAUACAAGAUCGCCUACGCCCCCCUGACUGGGGACCCCAUCACUGAAUAUGCUGUCGUCCCUGGAAACAGAAACAAUGCCAUGCUGCAGAACCUCCAGCCCGACACCCCGUACAACAUCUCCGUGGAAGCCAUUUACACCGACGCAGUCGGAAAGAAGCUGGCUGGAAACGGACGCACACUUGCCCUCCUGGCGCCCCAGAACCUGCGUGUCACGGACGAGUGGUACACCCGAUUCCGUGUGCAUUGGGACCCUUCGCCCUCCCCAGUACUGGGAUACAAGCUGGUCUACCAGCCCACAGAUAAGGACGAGACCUUGGAGGUGUUUGUGGGUGAUGUGACCUCGUACACCUUACACAAUCUGCAGCCAGGCACUCCCUAUGAUGUCAAGGUGUUCGCCCAGUACGAUGCAGGGAUGAGUGGAUCUCUCGAUGGACAGGGAACCACACUGUACCUCAAUGUCUCUAAUGUUGAGACGUUUAAUGUUGGCUACGACAAAUUCUGCGUCAAGUGGACACCACAUCGGGCUGCCACCUCUUACAGAAUCAAGCUGAACCCUCUCGACCCUUCCAGUAAGGGCCAGCAGGAAAUCACCAUCACUGCUGCCAAGACUGUGUACUGCUUUGACGGCCUCUCUCCUGACGCCUUGUACAACGCCACUGUGUUCGUCCAAACCCCCAACCUGGAGGGACCCGGGGUCAGCGCCAAAGAGAGAACCCUUGUGAAGCCCAGCGAGCCACCAACUGCAGCCCCGACCCCUCCCCCUCCUCCCACCAUUCCUCCUGCCUGGGAAGUGUGCAAAGGCGCCAAGGCCGACGUGGUGUUCCUUAUCGACGGCUCGUGGAGUAUUGGCGAUGAAAGCUUCAACAAAGUCGUGCAGUUUGUUUUCAACACCGUCGGAGCCUUUGAUAUCAUCAGCCCAGCAGGAAUGCAGGUGUCUUUCGUCCAGUUCAGUGACGAGGCAAAGACGGAGUUUAGGCUUAACACUUACCAUGAUAAGGGCAGCGUGCUGUCAGCUCUUCAUCUCAUUCGCUACAGGGGGGGAAACACCAAAACAGGUGUUGCUCUCAAGCACAUCGGUGAGCGGGUCUUCACAUUUGACAAUGGAAUGAGACGGAACGUUCCAAAGGUUCUGGUGGUGGUCACUGAUGGACGUUCUCAGGACGAGGUUCAGAAAAGUGCCUCCAAACUGCAGCAUGCUGGUUACAGUGUGUUUGUUGUUGGUGUUGCUGAUGUGGACUACGCCGAGCUGCAGAACAUUGGAAGCAAGCCAAGUGAAAGACACGUGUUUAUUGUGGAUGACUUUGAUGCCUUUUCAACGAUUCAGGAUAACCUUGUCACGUUUAUCUGUGAAACAGCAACUUCCACUUGUCCAUUGAUUUACUUGAAUGGGUUCACGUCGCCAGGCUUCAGAAUGCUUGAGGCAUUCAACUUGACAGAGAAGACCUACGCUGCUGUAAAAGGAGUUUCAUUGGAGCCCGGCUCUUUCAACAGCUACUAUUCAUACAGAAUCCACAAAAAUGCAUUUUUGACACAGCCCACUACGGAAAUUCACCCUGACGGACUGCCGCAGGCUUAUACCAUCAUCCUUAUGUUCCGUCUCCUCCCCGAUUCGCCAACGGAGGCGUUCGACAUAUGGCAGGUGUCUGACAGCGGCAACAAGCCUGAAGUCGGAGUUACCGUUGAUCCUUCAAGCAAAGCAAUAUCCUUUUACAACAAGGAUACACGGGGGGAGAUCCAGAGAGUCACCUUUGAUAAUGAGCAAAUCAAGCAGAUUUUCCAUGGGAGUUUCCACAAGCUACACAUCAUGGUGUCCCCCAAGAGCGUCAAAUUGAACUUCGACUGUCAGGAGGUGGGGGAGAAGGAGAUCAAAGCGGCUGGGAACACCUCCUCAGAUGGCUAUCAAGUCCUGGGCAAAAUGUCCAAGUCAAUGGGCUCGAAAGGAGACUCGGCAACAUUCCAGCUCCAGAUGUUUGAUAUUGUCUGCAGCUUGGGUUGGACGAGCAGAGACAGAUGCUGUGACCUUCCAUCCCUGAGAGACGAAUCCAAAUGCCCGCCCCUUCCCAAUGCUUGCACAUGUGCGCUGGAGAAUGUGGGACCGCAAGGACCCCCUGGGCCUGUGGGCGUGCCUGGUACUAAAGGUCCACGAGGGGAGAGAGGAGAACUGGGUCCGCCUGGUGCCAUUGGCCCACAUGGAGAUCAGGGAGUGCCAGGCCCAAUGGGACUUCCUGGCCCACAAGGCCCCAGUGGCAGGUCUAUCCCAGGAGAUGCUGGUCGCCCUGGACCUAAAGGAGAUCCUGGUGACUCUGGACUACCUGGGCAGAAAGGCCCACCUGGUACAGCUGGGUCGGUUGGCCCUAUUGGACCAGCUGGAGUACGGGGACCCCCUGGAAAGGAGGGACCAGCUGGAUCCAGAGGCCCGCCAGGACCAAUGGGACCUGCUGGACCUCCUGGAAUGAUUGGACCUUCAGGAAAACCUGGGAAACCUGGUGACACAGGGCCUGCGGGAUCAACUGGUGUAAAAGGAGAUAAGGGAGACAGGGGAGACUUUGCGUCCCAAGGCAUGAUGAGAUCCAUAGCUCGUCAAGUUUGUGAACAGCUGGUCAAUGGUCAAAUGGGCAGGGUCAAUCAGAUGUUGAACCAGAUUCCCACGAAUUACCGUGCCAACAACCCCGGUCCUCCUGGUCCCCCUGGUCAACCUGGAAAUCAAGGUCCUCGCGGAGAACCGGGCCAAGCAGGCCGAACUGGCUUCCCAGGAAGCUCAGGCCCACCUGGUCCCCAAGGAGAGCGUGGGCCGGCUGGAGAGAAGGGUGAAAGGGGAAGCGCUGGUAUUGGACAGAGGGGUCAAAGAGGAUCAUCUGGACCUCCUGGCCCACCAGGGGACUCUAGGGCUGGCCCACCAGGCCCUCAAGGUUCUUCUGGGUCCCGCGGACCUCCUGGCCGCCCCGGCAUUGCAGGGGUCAGGGGGCCACCUGGUGCUCCUGGGUACUGCGAUUCAUCGCAGUGUGUAGGCAUACCUUACAACGGACAAGGGUACCAAGACCCGUACCGAGCUGAGCCUGAAUCCUACGUAGUUCCAAUACCCGAAGAAGAGGAUUAUGAGACUGACUUCUCUCGAAGGCGCCGUCGAAAGAGGUCACUACCAAGAGAGGAAUCAGUAAGGAUAGCUCCAUAAAAAAGAGGAAUACGUUCUGUCAAAAUAAUUAUUUGUUGUUGUUCACAUAAGCUUCUGAUAAGGUACGUUCAGACUAGAUAUUGGGGUUUGAUACCUCUUCGUUAUUUGGCCAAAACGUUUUACAUAUGUGAAAUGGGGGGUGGGAGGGGAUUUAAAACUAAAAUCUAAUUUCAAAUUUCUUGAAAAUCUGUUAGCUUUCUAUCUUUUCCCUUAUAUGUCCCGCUUGUAAUAUAACAGCAUUAAAUGUCAUACAGAAUCCAAUGUUUAACGCACUCAUCGUGUAAAGAUUGGCAUUCAAAGAUGCGAGGGCAUACAGCAAUGAACCACACAGAUGUUUCCGCUUUUAUUUAUCACACAACUCAUUAUAAAGGUCUAUGUUGUUAUAUUACAAUGGUAUAUUUUGCCCUUUUUCUCAUUGUGAAGUGGAUCUUUCUUCUGCCUUCAGUUUUCCAGACUUCAGUACAGCAGUUAAACAUUGCUUCCAUGUUGUUAUUUUAGUCUAAAUAUUUAUCAGUUUUAUUAUACCAAUUCACAGCUGAUUUUACCAAAGGUGGAAUUGCAUGACUGUGGUGUAUAUUUAGUACAUUUUUUAAUCAGAAUAUAGUUGUUGUUGUUUUUAUCGAUAUCUAAUGCAGUUAGAAUUUGUUUGCAAGACUAUGGAUAUAGAAUUGCUGUAUCAUGUUUGUAACUGCAAAUUGUGAAUUUCACAGCCUUAUUUUCUUAUUUAUUUCUGAAACAGGAGAGGCAUUUUUCAAUAAAACUACUGAAAAUAUA